AUGGGAGGCUUAAAACGUAAAAUAAAGAUUGAGAAGGUCGAAAAUAAAUCAAUAAAAUCGGUGUAUUUUACCAAACGACGUGACGGUCUCUUCCGCAAAGCUUCUGAGCUCUGUCGUCUCUCACCGGCGACUCAAAUCGCAAUCUUAGCGACUCCUCCUUCUUCCAAUUCUCACGCUUCCUUCUACACUUUUGGUCAUUCCUCUGUGGACCACGUUGUCUCAUCUUUGCUUAACGACCAGUCACCUUUUCAGACAAACCAAGGGAACAGGUCAGGAUUAGGGUAUUGGUGGGAAGACGAAGGUCUUGACAGAUCAGAGAACGUAGACGAGUUGAAGGAUGCGACUGAAGCGAUUACGAGGAUGGUGAGCAAUCUGAGGCUCAGAGUAGAUACCGUGAUGGAAAAGUAA